AUGGUCUACGUGUUCCUCAUUCCCCUAGCGGUUAUUGCUAUUGCUGUCUUCCAACUGCGGAAUGUUGGAAGACGGCCCAAAGACUAUCCUCCUGGCCCUCCCACCUUGCCGUUGAUCGGUAAUUUACAUCAGAUCCCAUCGAAACAACCGCACCACCAGUUCCAGAAGUGGGCGAAAGAGUACGGUCCCGUAUACUCCCUCAUCCUCGGCACCAAGGUUAUGGUCGUACUUUCGUCUGACUUGGCGGUAAAAGACCUGUUGAACAAACGCAGUAGCAUCUACUCCUCUCGAACCGAUGUAUAUCUCGGAAACGUAGUCAGUGCGAAUCUCCGCGUUGUUCUCAUGGUUCUGAAUAUCAGUGCAGCCAAGGGCUACGUCCCAUACCAGGAUCUUGAGAGCAAGCAGAUGUUGUCCGGGUUUCUGGAUGAACCGCAUCACUUUAUCGACCACAUCCGCCGGUUCACUAACUCGCUCACGACGCAGAUGGUGUUUGGGUUCCGUACGGCGAGCAUUCACGACGAGAAGCUGAAGAAGCUAUACCACUGCAUUGAGAAGUGGAGCGAGGUUGUGGGCUCUUCCGCGGCGGCUCUUCUGGAUGUGUACCCAAUUCUCAGAAGUCUAGGUUCAUUGCUGCCAGGGAAAAGAUACGCCAAAGGUCUGCACAGAGAAGAGAGGGCUUUGUAUGUCGGUCACUGGAUGGAUGCGAAAAGUCGCGUUCUUCAGGGGACAGCAAAGCCGUGUUUCUGCAUGGGUAUCCUCGAAAGCCAGAAGACUCUAGGUUUCUCUGAUGAUCUAGCAGGGUAUAUAUCUGGAUCCGCCCUCGAAGCAGGUUCGGAUACCACCGCAGCCACACUAACGGGCUUCGUCCAGGCCAUGGUUCUGUACCCUUCCGUACAAAAACAAGCCCGGGAGGAAUUGGACCGUAUCUGCGGCACAGAAAGACUCCCAACACUAGAUGACUGGGAGUCUAUGCCCUACAUACGAGCAUGUAUCAAGGAAGCUCUGCGGUGGAUGCCAACGGCGAUCCUUGGGAUUCCCCAUGCCGUCAUCAAGGAUGACGAAUACAUGGGCUACAAGAUUCCGAAAGGGGCUGGGGUCAUACUGAAUGUAUGGGCCAUCAAUAUGGACGAGGCCAGGUUCGAGGACCCCCGAGCUUUUAACCCGUCUCGUUAUGAAGGCGACGACCAGAACUCCUUUGAGUCGGCGAUGAAUGGCAACCCUGCAAAGCGUGACCACUACGUAUUCGGCGCGGGCCGGCGUCUAUGUCAAGGGAUGCAUAUUGCUGACAGAUCACUGUUCUUGAGUAUCUCGAGGCUACUGUGGGCUUUCAACUUUGACAGGGCCGUCGAUGGUCAGGGGCGUGAACUGGUGCCGGACGCGGACGAUCUCAUUGAGGGAGUCUUGGUGCAGCCGAGACCGUUUCCUGCAAAGAUCACGCCAAGAAGCGAGGCUCAUGCACAGAUUAUUCGCAAGGAGUGGGAGGCGAGUCAAGAGCUUCUCGAUGAGGACAAACAAUGGGAGGAAAUCCCGCGCGGAAUGGUGUACGAGUCUCUGGUGUCGUCGGAUUUGAAAGAGUGA